AUGGCUUUGCACGAGGAUGUUGUAGCUUCUAGCACGGUACAAAAAUUGCUGAAUAAGCGCAAAUAUAUUCAAGAAUGCAAACUAAAAAUAGCAAAUUUUUCAUCUUCGUUGAUGCAAGAUCCCAAUGAAAACAUUGGAAGACUUCGAGACUUGAUACGACUUUCUCAUGAUCCCCUUUUCAUGAGAACUGCGUCACUUCGCCAGAUUCUUGUAGCAUCCUUAUGCGUUGUAUUCAAAGACAUUCUUCCGGCCUACAGAAUUCGUCUCCCAACCGAAGAGGAACUACAUCAAAGGGUUAAGAAAGAGACGAAAAGGUUGUGGAGAUAUGAAGACAUUUUACUGAAGAACUAUGAAGCCUAUACCAUUCUUCUUCGAACAAUCUUGAAAAAUGUUGCAAAUAAACAGAUACCGAAGAAAUUACGGUCUGUUUAUCAUCAGGAUUGGACUAAACCAGAAAUCGUUAGUGCAUUAAAAUGCGCCUGCGCGCUUUUUGAGAACAGUCCGCUUUUUAAUUUUUCUAAGAAUCUUCUCAAUGCAAUUAUCCCCUUCCUUCAACGGUCAAAUUCGCCAGAAGUUCGACAGAUUAUUUUCAAUUGCUUGAGGAGUAUUUUUGCUUCGGAUUUAACUGGGGAAGCUACACUUAUGAUUUGCCAAGCGAUACAUAGAGUUGCUCGAAAUGUAAAAUACCGAAUUCGGUCGGAUUUAGCAAAAGUCAUAGCUGGUAUAUCGCUCAAGGAAGUUUUAGAUUCUAAUAAUACUUCUCAGACCUCCAAAAGGGAUCGUAAACUCGCUUCUAGGAAGGAACGCAAGAAGGACAAAUUGUUGGCCAAGUUUGAAAAGGAUCAGGCCGAAACCAAGGCCUCCCACUCGCACGAGGAGAGAAUCAAAAUGAACACGCAAAUUUUGAAAGAGAUCCUCUUUAUUUACUUUACGAUUCUCAAAUCAACUCAAGAUUCUGAACUUCUCUCUGCUGUUUUAGCUGGUCUUUCAACUUAUGCACAUAUUAUUAACGUGGAAUAUGUUGAAAAUCUCCUUCAGUUGAUGAGUUCUUUCGUGGCGAAUCCGAAAACCGGCUUAGAGGAUGGCUUACAUGCAGUCCAUACGGCAUUGACAAUUCUCAAUUGCUCUACUGCCGCAUCCAUUUUGAGGAUUGAUCCAACGCGCUUUUCUAACCACCUUUACGCGUUGUUAGGUCGAAUGGCGGGUGUUUCUGUGUGUUCGAACGCUCCCACAGAUACAGAUUCAAGGGGACCUUACGGCAAACUUCUGCAUUACUCUUGGGCUAGAACUCCUGCAGCUUUGGCAGCACAAGAGCUAGCUCAGAGAGAGCAACUUUUGAAACCGUCUGAAGUGAGUAACAAUGAUCAGUCUCCUUCAUCGCCAAUACGACUGACGAGUACAUCUAACAUGGAGCGUUAUGUGGAUGUUAUACUCUCUUGCCUGGACAUGCUUCUCAUCUCUCGUCGUCGUGAGGUCUCCAUCACUCGUGUUCUGGCCUUCGUUAAGCGUCUUUCAUUCCUCUCUCUGGUUGUUACUGAUACAGCCUGUCUGGCCUCGAUGCUUGUAAGUUUGUGGAAGUUCCUCAGCCUCUUCCCUAAGUGUGAAGUGCUUUUCGAUUCCGAAACAGAGAUUGGAGGUGUUUACGACCCUGAAGCUAUCGACCCAGAAGUUGCACGACCAGCCAGUGCUUCCCUUUGGGAACUCCAGCUCUUGAGAAGCCAUGAAUCUCCUUUGAUUCGAAAGAUAGUCGGUGUAAUUUUAAAAUGGGCUCGCCAGACAACUAAAGAUGGUACAACUCGAGCAACCAACGAGGUCCUAGUAUCUCCAGAUCACACUAUCGAGUCCCUCUCAUCAAUCCAUCCAUCCGAACGACGAAUAGUCUUCGCUCAUGCCGAAGCCUCUUGUCUCUCAGAUCCUGUCAGGUCAAAAGCUCCUAUCUCACAUCGCCCCAAACCCCUGUCACCAUGGAUACGAGAGUUGAUGGAUCGAUUUGGACUAGCGCCGCCGGGGUCGCAUCCUGAUCAAGGUGUAGUUGAGGAAGUGGCAAUGGAAGGGGAUUAA